CUACCUUCCCGAGUCUCUCCAGUCUUCUCUUCAUCAGUCAAUCCCCUUCUGCUCCACCCUUCGCACGACUCCUCCCAAUUAUAUCCCCAAUUUUCAAUUUUUAAAUUUUUGAAAAAGCAAAAAACAAAAAUAAAAUAAAUAUGGCUUGCAAAUAUCUUCUCAAAUACACUUCCCUUGCCCUUUAAAAGCCCUUCCCAACCCCAAAACCCUCAAACUUCCUCUCUCUCUCUCUCUCUCAAUUAAUCCGUUGGCGAACUCUAACGAUGAACGGAAACAGCGGCACAUAUUCCGCGGCGGCGGUAGGGACUUCGCAGCCUCCGUCGCUGGGAGCGGAGGACUACCGCCGGAUGCUUCAACAAAUCGCUCUCUCUCGCCGGGAGAAUUCGCGGACGGAGAUUCCAUCGCCGCGGAAUGUUAGCUCUUUUAGACUGUCCCGCUCCGAUCAAACCCUAGAAGACGCGUUUUCUCGCCUCAAUGUUGACUCGGACGAUUAUCUUCACCACUAUCAUCAUCAUCAUCAGCCUUCGUAUUGGAGUUUCGACGCCGAGUUUCAGAGUCCGACCUCGCAGAAUGGCGGCAACGGUUGGGCUGUAUGGUCCGAUACGAAUGGCUUCGAACGCUUGACGUCAGAUCCCUAUCUACUGAACGGUAUCAAUGAACAAUCUUUGGUGAUCAAUUCUAGUCCGUUGAUGACUCCAACCUACACGAACUCAAACGAGUCGUCUUCUAAUUUCUUUGGGAAUGAUACAGUGUGCCGAAAUCUAGAAAACAACGAGCGUCACCAGAGGGUUCAAGAGAAUCUGAAUUUCGUUCCUGUGGAACGCUUGCGUGGGAAGAUUGCUUAUUUGGCGAAGGACCAAAACGGCUGUCGGAUUCUGCAGAACACAAUGGAGGGCCUGACGAAUGCUCGCGAAAUUGAGAUGAUUUUCGUCGAGGUGAUCGGACACGUGUGCGACUUGAUGCUUGACCCGUUCGGGAACUACGUUGUUCAGAAGCUAGUGGAGCUCUGCAACGAAGAACAGAGGACGCAGAUCAUUGCGAUGCUCACUAGGACCAAUUUUCUGCUCGUUAGCAUUUGCCUUGACAUGCAUGGGACUCGUGUGGUGCAGAAAUUGUUGGAGCAUGUUACUAGCAAACUUCAGGUCGCUUUGUUUAUGCAAGCUAUGAGCCCAUAUGCCGUCCCGUUCAGUAAAAGUCCUAAUGGUCAACAUGUCAUUCAGUAUUGCUUGAGACAUUUCUCUGAUGAAGACAACGCGCACCUUCUAAAUGAGGUGGCUGAUAACUGUAUAGAGGUUGCCACCGAUAAAAGCGGAUGUUGUGUGCUGCAGCAAUGUGUUGAAAACUCUCAUGGGCAUGUCAGAGAUCGUCUGGUGGAUGAAAUAAUAGAAAUGGCAAUACUCCUCUCAGAAGACCGUUAUGGCAACUACGUAGUGCAAUAUAUACUGGGUAUGAAAAGCCCAGAAAUGACUACACGUCUCUUCAUCCAGCUUAGAAGUAGUUUCAUGUCUCUUUCCCUCGGUAAGUAUGGCAGUAAUGUCGUGGAGAAGUGCUUGAGAGAGUGUGAUGAAUUCCAAGCUAGUAAAAUUAUCAAGGAGUUGCUCAGAAAUCCAAAUGCUCCAAUGCUCCUUACCGAUCCAUAUGGAAACUAUGUUAUUCAAUCGUCACUAUCGGUAUCUAAGGGUGAGGUCCGGAGGGAACUACUAAAUCUUGUUGACCGUUAUGCCCAGACAAUGCGCAGCAAUCUCUAUGGCAGGAAGAUACUGGCAUGGUUAGAAAGGAGGAAUAUUCAGCUUAGAUCAGACAUGUAUGUAUAGUACAGGUACGAGGUAAAAUGAUAGUUUAAAGAGUUUUGGGACCUCUAGGUUGGCAGUCAUUUGUUGUUGCUGUUUCGUUGUUUUUUGUUGUUAGUGUGGAUGAGCAUCCUCAUCACACUACAUGCCUGCUAUCAUAUAUAUCAUAUAUAAAGUACUAGUAAUGUCUGUAGAAUGUACUUUCCAGUGGUUGUUGUUUUCUUUUUAAUUUCUUCUCUGGGGAAUUGGUCGAAGAUUUUGGUGUUGAGAAACAACACGAGGUGGAAUUGGGAGAUCCGAAGCUGUAUAGGUCUGUA